GAGGAGGUGAAUGAGGAGCUCAGGAGAUAAAAGGUGAAGAACAGAACAUUAGUCUGACAGUAAGACAGGAUCUGGUAGGAGGAUGAGUGGGACUCAGCUCUGGCUACUGGCCUUUCUGGCUUUUACCUCUCUGGUAUCUCUGGCUAAUGGAGGUCCAUUGAAGGUGAUGUCUGCUCCCAACUUGUUGAGGGUAGGAACAGCAGAGAACGUCUUUGUGGAGUGUCAGGACUGUAGUGGAGGAGACCAGAGGGUUGAAAUCAGUGUGAUGAACCAUCCAACCAAAACCAAAACACUGACAAGCACAACUGUGACUCUCACUGCAGCAAACAACUUCCAGCAGUUUGGACAAAUAGCGCUUCCUGCAGCCGACUUCAGUAAAGAUCCCAACUUGAAGCAGUAUGUUUACCUCCAAGCUCGGUUCCCUGACCGGCUGCUGGAGAAGGUCGUCUUAGUGUCCUUCCAGUCUGGAUACAUCUUCAUUCAGACAGACAAGACCAUCUACACCCCCGACACUAAAGUUCAUUACAGGAUGUUUGGAGUGACGCCUCGCAUGGAGCCUGUAGAGAGGAAUGACCAAACCCAGACUGAUGCAUCUAUUGCCAUUGAGAUUGUGACUCCUGACGACAUCAUUCUACCACUUGAUCCAGUCUCUUUGGAGUCAGGGAUCCACUCUGGAAGUUACCAACUUGGUGAAAUUGUCAGUCCUGGACUUUGGAAAGUCAGGGCCAUGUUCCACAACAACCCUCAGCAACGUUACUCUGCGGAGUUUGAGGUUAAAGAAUAUGUUCUGCCCAGUUUCGAGGUUAAAAUUAAGCCUGCAAGCGCCUUCUUCUAUGUGGACAGUGAUGAACUCCUUGUGAAUAUUCAAGCUACGUAUCUGUUUGGUGAAGAGGUGAACGGAGCAGCAUAUGCUGUGUUUGGGGUUAUGCAAGAGGGUCAGAAAAAGAGCUUUCCCAGUUCACUUCAGAGGGUCAUGAUUGAAAACGGGAAGGGAGCUGUCACACUAAAGAGAGAGCACAUCACACUGACGUUUCCAAAUAUCAAUGCCCUGGUUGGGAGUUCCAUCUACAUAGCAGUCAGUGUGCUCACAGAGAGCGGUGGUGAAAUGGUGGAAGCAGAGGUGAGAGGUAUCCAGAUCGUCACAUCACCUUAUGCCAUCUACUUCAAAAAAACACCCAAAUACUUCAAACCAGGAAUGUCCUUUGAUGUGACGGUUGAAGUUCUGAAUCCUGAUGAAACUCCAGCACAAGGUGUUCCAGUGGUGGUGGGUCCAGGAGACAUGAAGGGUAACACGGGAGAAAAUGGCAUCGCAAAGCUUACCAUCAAUACAGUAGCAGGAAUUCAGACACUGCCUAUCACUGCCAAGACCAACUCCCCUCGUCUUACACCUCAGAGACAAGCGACGGCCACCAUGGAAGCUAAGCCAUAUGUCACAAACAGCAACAGCUACAUCCACAUAGGUGUGGAUACAGCAAAUCUUAAAUUGGGAGACAACCUCAAAAUGACCCUCAACCUCAACAAACAGAUAAAUAGAGGGAAUGACAUCACAUACCUGAUCCUAAGCAGAGGUCAACUUGUGAAACAUGAUCGUUUCAAAGCACAGGGUAAUGUAUUAAUAACCCUGAACGUCCCCAUCACCAAAGACAUGCUGCCGUCUUUCCGCAUCGUAGCCUACUACCAUCCAAGUGAUAAUGAAAUAGUAUCAGACUCUGUUUGGGUGGAUGUCAAGGACACAUGCAUGGGCUCGCUUAAGUUGGAAUCUUCAAGACCUGCUCCAUCCUAUGAGCCUCGUAGAAUGUUUGGUCUGAAGGUCACUGGAGAUCCAGAGGCCACGGUGGGACUGGUGGCUGUGGACAAGGGUAUCUAUGUCCUGAACAACCAGCAUCGCCUCACUCAGAAAAAGAUAUGGGAUGUUGUGGAGAAGUAUGACACUGGCUGCACACCAGGUGGAGGGAUGAACAGUAUGGGUGUUUUCUAUGAUGCUGGGCUGGUGUUUGAGUCCAGUGCUGGUUCUGGGACUGCAUACAGACAAGAGCUGAAAUGUCCGGCCCCCAGCAGGAAGAAGCGAGCCGCCACUAUAAUGGAUGUCACAACCACCUUAGUGAGCAAAUAUAAAGAUGAGCUCCAACGUGAGUGUUGUUUGGAUGGCAUGAGGGACACUCCUCUUUCAUACACCUGUGCGAGACGCAGUGAGUACAUUGUGGACGGUGCAGCCUGUGUCCAGGCCUUCCUGCACUGCUGUGAGGAGAUGGCAAAGCAACGAGCCGAGAAGAAGGAGGAAAACCUCAUACUGUCUCGAAGUGAGGAAGAUGACAACAGUUACAUGGACAGCAAUGAAAUAGUUACUCGCACACACUUCCCUGAAAGUUGGCUGUGGAAAAACAUCAAACUGCCUGCUUGUUCUAGACAAAACCCAGAUUGUGCAUCUACAUCAUAUGAAGAAAGAGUUCCUUUGCAAGACUCAAUCACAACCUGGCAGUUCACUGGUAUUAGUCUGUCAAGGACUCAGGGAAUCUGUGUUGGGGAUCCACUGGAGGUCAUUGUCAGGAAGGAUUUCUUCAUUGAUCUCAGACUGCCCUACGCUGCUGUCCGUGGAGAGCAGCUGGAAGUUAAAGCAAUCCUCCACAACUACACCCCUGAUCCUAUCACUGUGCGCAUAGAACUGAUAGAAGAGCCGAAUCUAUGCAGUGCAGCUUCCAAACAUGGAAAGUUUCGUCAGGAGGUUGAGGUUGGGCACCAAACUACACGAUCCGUUCCGUACAUUAUUAUUCCCAUGAAGGAAGGACAGUUCCGCAUUCAAGUCAAAGCUGCUGUUAAAGAAUCAUCUCUCAGUGAUGGGAUUGAGAAGGUGCUGCGUGUGGUGCCUGAAGGCGUCCUAGUUAAAGCACCUCAUAUUGUAGAAAUUGACCCCACUAAAAAGGGUGUAGGUGGUAAACAAGAAGUAGUCAUCAACAGCGCCAUUCCUAAGAAAGAUUUGGUUCCAACCACACCUACUAGCACACAGAUCUCUAUAACAGGGAGAGAAAAUGUAGGUCCACUAGUGGAGAACGCCAUUAGCGGCCAAUCCAUGGGUACUCUGAUCUACCAGCCAGGAGGCUGUGGAGAGCAGAAUAUGAUCCACAUGACUCUACCUGUCAUUGCAACAACAUAUUUGGAUAAAACCAAGCAGUGGGAAACUGUGGGCUUUCAGAAACGGGCAGAAGCUCUUCAACACAUCAAAACCGGCUACCAGAAUGAACUUGCCUACCGUAAAAAGGAUGGGUCUUUUGCUGUAUGGGCCAAUCAUCAAAGCAGCACUUGGCUGACAGCCUAUGUUGUCAAGGUGUUAUCUAUGGCCAACAGUCUGGUGGCAGUGGAAACCAACGUGAUCUGUGAGGCUGUCAAGUUUCUGAUCCUUAACACACAGCAGCCGGAUGGACUGUUUAAAGAAGUUGGGAAAAUGUAUCAUGGAGAGAUGAUAGGCGAUGUGCGUGGCACAGAUUCAGAUGCCUCCAUGACGGCCUUCUGCCUCAUUGCGAUGCAGGAAUCUCGCACACUUUGCGCUGCCUCUGUUAACAGCCUGCCAGCCAGUAUAGACAGAGCUGUGGCGUACCUGGAGAGGCGAUUGCCCAACCUCGUCAACCCUUAUGCUGUUGCUAUGACGUCAUACGCCUUGGCCAACGAAGGCAAACUAAAGAGAGACAUCCUCUACAAGUUUGCUUCUCCAGAAUUGUCUCACUGGCCUGCAGUUAAUGGCCAUGUCUACACACUGGAAGCCACUGCUUAUGCUCUGCUGGCUCUGGUCAAGGUCGAGGCCUUUGAAGAUGCCAACCCUGUUGUAAGAUGGUUCAGCAAACAGCAGAAAGUGGGAGGAGGCUAUGGUUCAACUCAGGCUACCAUAAUGGUCUACCAGGCAGUAGCAGAGUACUGGACCAACGCAAAAGAACCGGAGUAUGAUCUGAAUGUGGACAUUCUGUUGCCGGGCAAGUCCAAACCUGUCAGUUAUAACAUCAACAGGGACAACCAUUUUGGCACAAGAACAUCAAAAAUCAACAGCAUAAACCAAGAUGUGAAAGUGACGGCCACAGGCACAGGGGAAGCAACACUAACGAUGGUGUCAUUGUAUUAUGCUUUGCCUAAAGAGAAGGAGAGUGACUGUCAGAGGUUUGACAUGUCGGUGGGAAUAAAGGAAGUGGCAGAAAAAGUCUACCAGCUGACUAUAGAGGUUCUGUUUAAGGACAAGGCGCGUGAUGCAACCAUGUCAAUCCUGGAUAUCGGUUUGUUAACGGGCUUCACAGUUAACACAAAUGACCUGGAUGCAUUGUCUAAAGGUCACGGUCGCAUUAUUUCAAAGUAUGAGAUGAACAAAGUCCUGUCAGAAAGAGGCUCACUCAUCAUUUAUCUGGACAAGGUUUCUCACACACGACCAGAAGAAAUCAGUUUUAGGCUCCAUCAACCCAUGAAUAUUGGUGUCUUACAACCAGCUGCUGUGUCUGUCUAUGAAUACUAUGACCAAAAACACUGUGUAAAAUUCUACCACCCAAAGAGGAAAGCUGGAGAGCUGCUGCGGCUCUGUAGAAAUGAUGAAUGCACGUGUGCUGAAGAAAACUGCAGUAUGCAGAAGAAGGACAAAGUUACAAAUGAUCAGCGCACAACUAAAUUAUGUGAAAGUACACAGAGCAGCAAAAUCGAUUUUGCCUACAAAGUGAAACUGGUCAAAUUCACAGAGGAAUUGUCCACUGACGUCUACAGAAUGGAAGUACAAAAAGUCAUCAAGGAAGGGAGCUCUGAUGUGGAUCCUGUGGAUAAACAGCGCACGUUCCUCAGUUAUCCACACUGUAGAGUUACAUUAGAUCUGGUAGAAGGCAAAACCUACCUUAUCAUGGGCGCGUCCACUGAUAUUCACAGGGAUGGAGAGUCAUAUCAAUACAUUCUUGGUGAGAGAACCUGGAUCGAAUAUUGGCCCACACCAGCAGAGUGUCAGACAGAGGCCCACAGAUCUACCUGUGUAGGCAUAGAAGAGAUGGACCGCCAGUUCACAUAUUUUGGAUGUCAGCAGAAGUGAAAUUCAAAAAAGGAAAAAAUAAAUAAGAAUUUACAGUUGCAUUGUUACUGAAUAAAAGAGCCAUAAUCCUAAACUUUGUGUGUUACUUAAAGAAUACAUGUUGGUUAAUGUUGAUUCAUUUUGAAAAGAAGUUGCAGUUGAACAAAAUUAAUAAUAAAAUAAGUAAGAUGUUGA